ACAAAAAAGCCUACUUAUGACAUUCCUAGAGAUCUCACUGAACUUGGCUAUUAUAUUGACGCUGACGGGAAACUUAAAACUAUAAAGGACGAUCAACCUUAUGUGUUCGAAGUGAAAGAAAAGGCUUACAAUGAUGCAUUAUAUGAAGUUAUCGUUGGUCUAUUAGGAGAAUGGAUUGAAGAUAAACUUGUAAACGAAGUAGGAAUGAUACGAUUGCUACUACCACUAGGCACAAAUGAAAGUGACAUACACACAAAAAUCUAUGUGACUCCGGACUAUCAAUCAAACGAAAAGAUUGUUAUUUUCAUUCCUGGGACAUCUAAUACGGUUGGUAUUUGGUCACGAAGAGCUUUAUUUGAUAAAUCGGUCUUGGAAGGGUCGAUGAUCACUUAUACCAAACGCGCUAUAUCUUUGGGUUUUGCCGUUAUAAUUUGUAACCCAAAUGAAAUAUUCUGGUACAAGGGAAAGGGAGUGCUCAUCCUACCAAAAAUCAACGCAGAAUUUGAUUCGAUCCCAGGAAAUGAAUCACCCGAAUCUCAUACGCAAUACGUAUUUAAGAAUAUUAUUUUACCAUCCGCUGCACAAAAAAUAUUUAUUGUUGCCAACAGUUACGGAGGGCACUGUGCUGUCGAUGCUAUACAAACAUAUUUUGAAGAGUUAAAGGAUAGGUUAAUGGCUAUUGAAUUUGCGGCAUCUACGCACUCGAUUGAUUUUGUCAAGUCCAAUCAAUUGAAAAUUUGGAUACGUGAGAACUGUCGAAAUUGGCUCAUGUCUGAUCUGCCUGUCGGUGAAGAAAUCUUAGAUGCAAGGUUCGGCUGUAUCUGUUUAUCGGCAAAUUGUGAAUAUAACGAAUAUGUAACGACUUCUGUGAUUGAUUACGUAUUUGAUUUUUUUGUUAAAAACUUGAGCAUGCAGGAUAUUUUUCACGAAUCCAUGGAUGAAGAAGAAUACGAUGAAGAAAAUAUUCAUGAAAAUCUGGAUAAUAAAGUAUUUACAGGUGAUUCAUUGGUUAAUGAUGUGCAAGAUAAGAUCCAGUUUGGUGAUUACACCGAUUACCCAAUAUACCCUCUUUCAGAAAAAGGUUCAGGUUCAGGUUCAGGUUGGGAUUAA